GUGCGUCGACGAAAUAUGAGGUUCCACAUUUAGCUUUUGCAGCAAGCAUCAUGAGUACUUGCAGCAGCAGCUGGCCACUGCUAGCACAAUCAUGUAGCUAACGAAGAAGCAGAUUAGUUUGCUAUGGGUGCUUUUCGUUUGUGUCUCUAAUGACGAAGAUGGUGAACUGAGGACCAUAUUACGAUUAUAUUUACAGUUGCGUGGUUUCUACGUAGUCAACGUUAUAUAAUUCCACACUGAAGCAAGGUACCUAGCGAGUUAGCUUGCCAUGUAACGUUAAAUUGGAUAUCUGCUGUAAGCCUUAAUGAAGUGGUAACGUUAAGGUAUCUAAUUAACCAUCAAUUUGCAGCAUUUGAUGGAGCCUGCGAUGGAGAGAUGACGUGACAGAAGAUUAAUGUGAGUACGGGAGGAGCUGUUACAAUAGACCAGCGGGUGGAAGGUAAACAGAAAACGUCGCCUGCAGCUCUAGUGAUGGACACCUGGACGCCAAAUCCCCGAGCCAAACCUUUCAUCCCGCGCCAUCAACGCAGCUUCUACCUCUCUUGGAAGUACAAACUCAGCAACAAGAGAUCAAUACGACGGUUCUGCCAGGCUGGUGCAGUGCUGUUUUUACUGGUGACAGUCAUCGUUAAUAUCAAGCUUAUAUUAGACACCAGAAGAGUAGCCAACGAGGAAGAGGCUGCCCACGAGUAUGAUGAUGUGCUGCCUAACAUGGAAACCCCUAGAAGACCGUCCAGUGGCCGCAAGGUUCUUGAUAUUGAGGUGUACUCCAGCCGCUCAAAAGUCUAUGUGGCAGUGGAUGGAACCACUGUUCUUGAGGAUGAGAUGCGAGAGCAGGGGAGAGGUAUCCAUGUGAUCGUCCUCAACCAGGCCACUGGUCAUGUCAUGGCCAAGCGGGUGUUUGACACGUACUCUCCUCACGAGGAUGAAGCCAUGAUCCUCUUCCUCAACAUGGUGACGCGUGGCAGGGUGCUGAUCUUCACUGUUAAGGAUGAAGGAACGUUUCACCUGAAGGAUUCAGCGAAGAACCUGCUGAAAGGUCUGGGCAGCCCGGUAGCCAUCAACCUCAGCUGGAGGGACAUGUGGACCUGGGUGGUCAAGAAAGGAGGUCAGGUGUAUGGAGAGAAACACUCUAAAUCCCCAGCGCUCUCCACCUGGGGUGACCCUGUGCUGCUGAAGACUGAGGUGCAGCUCACUGCAUCAGAGGAGGCUGAGUGCCAUUGGGCAGACACCGAGAUGAACCGCCGGCGGAAGCUCUUCUGCAGUAAGGUGGAGGGCUACGGGAGCAUCUGCAGCUGCAAGGACCCUGCUCCCAUUGAGUUCAGCCCUGACCCAUUGCCCGUCAAUAAUAUCCUUAAUGUGCCAGUGGCAGUGAUAGCAGGGAACAGGCCAAACUAUCUAUACAGGAUGUUGCGCUCACUGCUCUCCUCCCAUGGAGUGAACCCUCAGAUGGUCACAGUCUUCAUAGAUGGCUACUAUGAGGAGCCUAUGGACGUGGUGGAGCUCUUCGGCCUUAAAGGGGUCCAGCACACACCCAUCAGCAUCAAGAACGCACGGGUGGCACAGCACUACAAGGCCAGCCUGACUGCUACUUUCAACCUCCACCCUGAGGCUGACUUUGCCAUUGUGCUGGAAGAGGAUCUGGAUAUUUCCAUUGAUUUCUUCAGCUUCCUCAGCCAGACCCUCCAUCUGCUGAAAGAGGAUGACAGUCUGUACUGCAUCUCAGCCUGGAAUGACCAGGGCUAUGAGCACACGGCCGAGGACCCCGCUCUGCUGUACCGCGUGGAGAGCAUGCCUGGCCUGGGCUGGGUGCUCAAGAAGAGCCUCUACAAAGACGAGCUGGAGCCCAAGUGGCCCACGCCUGAAAAGCUGUGGGACUGGGACAUGUGGAUGCGUAUGCCGGAGCAGAGGAAGGGGAGAGAGUGUGUGAUUCCAGAUGUGUCUCGCUCCUACCACUUUGGCAUCAUCGGCCUCAACAUGAACGGAUACUUCCAUGAAGUGUAUUUUAAGAAGCACAAGUUCAACACUGUGCCAAUUGUUCAGAUGAAGAAUGUGGAGAGCCUGAAGAAGGACGCCUAUGAGCUGGAGAUCCAAAACCUGUUAAGGGAGGCUGAGGUUCUGGACCACAGUAAGAACCCCUGUGAGGACUCUUUCAUCCCAGACACUGAGGGGAAAACGUACGUCAUGUUUAUCAAGAUGGAGCAGGAGACAGACACCAACACUUGGACUGAGUUGGCCAAGUGUCUGCACGUGUGGGACCUGGAUGUGCGAGGUAAUCACAGAGGCAUGUGGCGCCUCUUCAGGAAGAAGAACCAGGUCCUGGUUGUGGCGGUUCCCAUCUCUCCUUACUCGUCUAAGAUGCCCCCCAACAUCACGCCCAUCCACUUGGAGCCCCCACCCAAGGAGGAGGGGGCCCCUGUGGAGCAGAUGUAGGCCCCCGCCCCUCCACCUGAACACGAUCCGUCCUGCCUUACAGCACCCCCCACGGGCCCCCCCCGGCACACAGGCACACCGGCACACCGGCAGGCCUCACUGGGGCAGUCUGGCACACCGGCAGGCCUCACUGGGGCAGUCUGGCACACCGGCAGGCCUCACUGGGGCAGUCUGGCACACCGGCAGGCCUCACUGGGGCAGUCUGGCACACCGGCAGGCCUCACUGGGGCAGUCUGGCACACCGGCAGGCCUCACUGGGGCAGUCUGGCACACCGGCAGGCCUCACUGGGGCAGUCUGGCCAGGUGUUGGUGAGGUGAGGUGAGGUGAGGGCAGGGGAGGGGUGGCCAGGUGAAGUGGGAACAGAUGAACAGUCUCUGCUAUGGUGGGGUCAGCGGACGGAAUGAACACCGGCUAUGAUGGAUACUUCUGCUUCCCCAAAGAGCAGAGUGUUGGUGGGCCUUGUGCUCUGGGAUACUGUGGGACGGUGCACACACUGCUAUGUUCAGCCCUCACACAGGCACUCCAAGAGUGUGAGUGUGUGUGUGUGUGUGUGUGUGUGUGUGUGUGUGUGACUGCGUAUAUGUAUUUUUGUGUAUUUGAAAGACUAAGACUAAACCGUAACCGUCCUUUAAAUGCUGAGUCGUCACCAUGGUGGUCGGUGACUUUGUUUUUCAAUUAAAUGUUUUUAUUUUUAUUUUUUUAUUUUUUUUUUAUUUUUUUUUAUUUUUUUAUGAGCAGUGACGAAGAUGAAAGGGGGCCACUUGGAAUGGCCCAGUAUGAUUGUCAGGGUGUGUGUGGUGUGCUGUCAUUCUGUGUGUGUGUGUGUGUGUGUGUGGUGAUGUCUCAAACAUAGGCACGUAAAGGACUGGUUGAAAACACUACUGAGAGCUUUUCAUCAUGUAAAUGCAUUUUAACUUAAUUCUAUUUAUUUUGCCAGUACCAGACUAAGCAGGGGUUUAUUUGAUUUAAUCCACUUUUAUACAAUGGAGAGAAGAAAAAAAAGCCUAACAUUGCUUACAAAUAUAAAGUUGUAUGUAUUUACAUAUAUUUUUGGAGAAAAAGAAAUGUGAGUGCAUUAUUUUACAACAUUAACGGAAAACAAUAGGUAAGGUACCUUUUACUGUCUAUUGCAGUCCUGUAGUUCACAUUAACAGGACUCCAGAGGAAGUAUUGACAUGAUGGUGUCAUUACGCUUUCAAAUCCAAAAGUCCUAAAUCAGAUGAAGGAUUGAGGAAGCAAUGAUAACUUAUUUCUAUGUGAUCUCACUAUUCCUACUGCGCACUGCAAGCAAUAGUGGACUGUCUCUGCGUCCUCACAAAGGAACUCUUUAGUCCUUUCAGUGCUUCACUAAAAAGGGAUGUGAGGGCAGCCAAACAAACUAACACUUGAAAAUCAUGUUUUAGAUUCUUUUUGUAUUAUUUGAACUCUAAAUAGUUUGUCCCAUGAAAGUAUGGCUGGGCUUGAUUGAUUUGAUUUGAGGAAUCUUCAGGGAGAAUACCAGGCUGUCCAUCAGACGCUCCUCCUCCUCCUCUACUGUAGGGACCUUUUCAUUUCACCGUCUUCUUUGUAUUGCCCGUGGCACCAGAUGGUGCGAUGUGUUUUAAGUGAUGUAGUGCUUUGGACUGCUUAGUUUUGGAUUUGCUGUAUUGUAGGUUGUUAAAGUACGUGAGCGACGGAGAAUGGUCCUAAAUAAUGAACAAUCUUUCAGUUAUCACCAGUAGUAUUAUUAAGGCGCUGCUGAACAGUCACACAAGGUACCUUGACCUCUGCCGUAUGGAUCAUGUGCAAGUGUUUAAAAGUUGAUUUGAAUGAGUAUUGAUGAUAUUAUUGUGAUGGUGUCCUGUAUGUGGACACAUGAUGAUGAUUUUCGCAAUAAAAUGUACUUUUCUUUGCA